CGAGGUCAUUCGAACUCUACCUGAAUGCUUCAACAGCAUGAUUAACGAAUCGAUUGAGUUCGAGAUUGAUCGUGAACUAAACGCUCGGGAUUUAAUCGGAACCCUCGGAAGAAAGCUCGGAAUCUAUGACUAUCAGACUAACAUGGCGACCUUUUGGCUCCUCGACGCAAUUGCUCUCGAAGUAGUUCGCUGGAGCUCAGAACUCAAUUCCUCAGAACUGGGUAUAUUAGUCAGCUGGAUUGCGGGGGAGGCAAAACUCAUUCAAGACAAGCAGCUCAGUCGGACGGAAUUCUUCCAGGAAAUGGCUCGAUUAUUUGCACUAGCAUCAGAUCAGAUAAUCGAAGGUCACUCAAUGAUUUACUGGGAAGAACUAACCGCCGUGGAAUCGUCAAGACGAAGUGAACAGGAAUCAAUGAACAAUGAACCGAGUUCUGUAAUUCAAACGUCAAACAGUUCUGUUGUCCUGAACAAUUCAGCAAACCACAAAAACGGGGAAAUAGCAAUGGUGCAGGCAUCAGCCGAUGGUGACAUUUCGAGGGGCCGAAAAAGCUUGAAUUCAAGCCAAACAGCUCGUUUGACGGUUGAAGGCUCGUUGAAAGUUCACGAAGCAAUAAUAGAGUCAACUUACGCAAUGUAUGCCAAUGCGUUUCACUACGCUACGGUGAGUGCAGCUUUUGCGAAGCCAGUGGAACUCCACACAUACAAAUUCCCAUACACUCUACGUUUUCCGAGGCCAUUGGAGCCACCGAUUCCACCUCCAGUAAUUAAGGAAACAUCGAAGAAAAACAAGUCCGGGAAAAGUAAAGAGAAGAAGAAACGCAGGUCUCAAACACCCGACGAUAUUCCACCGCCCCCAGCCCCGUCAAUGACAGACGAGGAAAUAAUCGCUGAGAAGAGAAAAUUCAUCCUGCCACUCAAGGACUCCAUCGAGGCGCCUCGCCUUCUUGAACGGUAUGCAGAACGGCCGCCAAGCGAUAAUGCAAACACCAAUAUUGGCUCUGGUAAAAAGGGGGUUAAGGGUACAAAGGGAAAGCGUAAAUGAAACU